CCCCGCCACUCUCCAAGACAGGGCCAUCGCCACAACAGAGCCUUGGAGACCAAAAGGUCGCUCGAAUGGGCUUGCCGCAGGGCCGGAACUCCCAAGACCUCUUCCCGCUUGAACCUCUUUGUCCCUUGAUAAUAUACCCGGGAUGGUGUGUGAUUACAAGUCCUGGUCGCAGUUUCCGAGGUUUACCGGGCUCGCAUUGGCUCAAUCCCAGGCGCCGUUGUCAUUUGCUAAAACUACCAGAAACCAGAUGCAGCUUGACGUACGCCAGGAACAAAAGAUGGUGCGCCGCGGGGAUCAUCCCUUUGCCCAGCCUUGGACUGCACGAGACCAACCUAUCGCGGUGCCGGCUUCCGACUCAGAGUACGGGUCAGCUUGGGUCCAGAGAUUGUCCGAUUACAUUUCUCAAUCAUGGGGGCAUGGUACUCCAUCGUGGAGUGCCCGGCCAUCCGCAAUGCAACCCGUCCAGCACGCUGUAUGUGAUCAUAUGCCCUCCAUGAAUAUAAUAAGCCGACAGCUCGGUUGGCUGAAUCCCUGGCGAUAUUUCCCGUAUUAGCACGCUCCUUCGGUGGGUCGCCAAGGCAGCCACUGGCACCUCCGAGCGCCUGUGUGAGCCAUUGAUAACCCACCCCCGCUAAGCACCCCCGGCCUCUUGGGCCCCCCAAAGUCUGGACAAUGCGGGCUGCCCUCCCGGCUUACCCUUUUCGUCCUUCCGAGAGCUUGCGCGAGCUCGCGAGUUUCAGUUAUUUAUCCUGCUGCUCGUCAUCUCCCGUGCUCUCGCGUCUCAAAUCCAACUUUACAUCUUCGCGGUUUUUGCGCAGAGAGUCAUCAUGUUUGGGUUCCCGAAGUACUUCGGCUGGCGGGGAAGGAGCCUCAACCUGGCAAUCAGCUCGCUCGGUAGUCUGGAUUUCCUUCUCUUUGGUUACGAUCAGGGUGUCACUGGCGGAUUCCUCGACUUGCCCUCAUUCACCAAGUACUUCCCGGAUAUCAACCCAGCCCGCUGCCCAGAAUUGUAUCCCGACGACGCCGCCCUGGCACAAGCAUGCGAUUCCGAUCUCAGUCUAAACCAGGGAAUUGCUGUCGCGUCGUACAACCUGGGAUGUUUCCUCGGUGCUAUCCUGACCAUCUUCAUCGGUAACCCGCUCGGUCGUCGCAGGACCAUUUUCUGUGGUUGUAUAACCAUGACUUGUGGUGCCAUUCUGCAAUGCACCUCGUACCACCUCCCCCAAUGGAUUAUUGGCCGAAUUGUCACUGGUAUUGGUAACGGCAUGAACACGAGUACUGUCCCGACCUGGCAGUCGGAAUCCUCCAAGGCACACGAUCGUGGAAAGCUGGUCAUGAUUGAGGGUAUGCUCAUCACGGCUGGAAUUACCCUCAGUUACUGGAUCAACUAUGGAUUCUCUUUUCUUCCCAACCACGAGGUCGCAUGGCGCUUCCCAAUCGCCUUCCAGAUUGUAUUUGCUGUCAUCAUCUUCACUUCCAUUCUAAACCUUCCCGAGUCUCCGCGUUGGCUCGUCAUGCAAGGGCGAGACGACGAGGCGCUCGAAAUUCUCGAGUUGCUGAACGAAAAACCGCGCGAUGACCCCUACAUCGUAAACGAGCUCAAAUCGAUCAAGGAAACUGUGCAGGAAAUGUCCAAGGGCUCAUAUCGCAGUUUGUUCGACAUGAGCGAGUACCGCGAAUUCCACCGUGUCGCUCUCGCCUACGUGAACCAGGUGUUCCAGCAGAUUUCUGGCAUCAACCUGAUCACCUACUAUGCGCCAUCACUCUACAGGGAAAUCGGUCUUGGAGGCGGCAGUAUACCGAAGCUGCUCGCCGCCUGCAACGGCACAGAGUACCUCAUGGCCGCGUUCAUUCCCAUCUUUAUCAUCGAAAAGGUCGGCCGUCGGCCCCUCAUGCUGUUUGGUGCCGCGGGAAUGGCCAUCUCCAUGGCAGUUUUGGCUGGCACCAACUACCGCCUCGUCUACCUCGACGACUCCCGAGCAGGUAUCGGCCAGGCAGUGUUCCUCUUCGUUUUCAACACCUUCUUUGCGAUUGGUUGGCUGGGUAUGACCUGGCUGUACCCCGCUGAGAUCGUGCCCCUGCGUAUCCGUGCCCCAACCAACGCCCUCUCCACCUCGGCCAACUGGAUCUUCAACUUUAUGGUCGUCAUGAUCACGCCCGUGUCUUUCUCGAACAUUGGAUACCAGACCUACAUUAUCUUUGCUGUCAUCAACGCCGCCAUCUUCCCAACCGUCUACUUCUUCUUCCCCGAAACCCGCCGCCGCUCCCUCGAGGAGAUGGACAUGAUCUUCAAGAAGUCCACCAACGUCUUCAAUGCCGUCAGCAUCUCAAUCAAGGAGCCCUACCGCUACGACAAGCACGGUCAGCUCAAGCCCGAGUACCUCGAGGAGGCAAUCCGCCGCGAGAGUGCUCAUCAUGGCGAGGGCCCCAAGUUCGAGAGCGAGGAUAGCGCGAAUGAGUCGAGUGAAAUCAAGGGGACUGAGACUCGGGUUGAGUAAGCGUCCUACCCUCAGAUGAUGGGAGGCAGGACGAGAACACCUCGGGUGGGAUGAGAGGAUGUGAGAUGGGAUCGGAUGAGUGAGAUGGAUAUGGUAAUUUUUAUACCCGCCGCGCUGGACUCGCUCCGCGCGUUCUUUCCUUCUUGUUUUGGCGGAGGCUCGGCCCUUUGUGUUGUUCUAGAGCCCUUAACUAGAGGUUAUUAGAUGCAUAGGAAUAGAGCUCCUGUUUACAGAGUACAAGUCCCUCGAAAGAGCCUACCCUUGAAAGCCAUUGGAUCCAUUGGAUCAAAUCUGCAUUUCGCCAAUAGGCAUGAUUAGAAAGGGA